CCAGGGGGCGCCGCAGCGGGCGGAAGCGGGAUCUCUUGGCGGGGCCAUGGCGCUGCCCGGCGAGCUGUGGGCAGAGGUGCCGGCCGAGCAGCGCAUCUUCUGCUCCGUGCUGCUCUUCUCAUGGGCCGUCUACCUCUGGGAGGCCUUCCUGGCGCACCGGCAGAGGCGGGUCUACAGAACAACAACACACGUGCCACAGGAGCUGGGGCAGAUCAUGGAUUCAGAGACCUUUGAGAAAUCUCGGCUCUAUCAGCUGGACAAAAGUACCUUCAGCUUUUGGUCAGGCCUCUAUUCAGAGCUUGAGGGCACUAUGAUUCUCCUCUGUGGAGGCAUUCCUUUUCUCUGGAAUCUGUCUGGUCAGAUCUCUGGUGGUGCUGGGUUUGGACCAGAGUAUGAGAUUGUUCAGUCAUUGGUAUUUCUGCUCCUUGCAACACUCUUCAGUGCAGUGACUGGUCUCCCAUGGAGUUUGUAUAACACAUUUGUCAUAGAAGAAAAACAUGGCUUCAAUCAACAGACACUGGGAUUUUUUUUUAAGGAUGCUAUCAAGAAGUUUGUCGUGACUCAAUGUAUUCUGUUGCCAGUGACAUCCCUUCUGCUUUACAUUAUUAAAAUAGGGGGAGACUAUUUCUUCAUCUAUGCCUGGCUCUUCACAUUGGUUGUUUCCUUGGUGCUCGUUACAAUCUAUGCAGACUAUAUUGCACCUCUGUUUGAUAAAUUCAUUCCGCUUCCUGAGGGAGAGCUCAAGCAACAAAUUGAAACAAUGGCAAAGAGCAUUGACUUCCCCCUGACGAAGGUGUAUGUUGUGGAAGGUUCUAAGCGUUCUUCUCAUAGCAAUGCUUAUUUCUAUGGCUUCUUCAAGAAUAAGCGGAUAGUACUCUUCGACACCCUCCUGGAAGACUAUUCUGCCUUGAACAAAGAGCCAGCAGAAGGAGAAGAUGGUGAGAAUGAAGAUACCAAGUCUAAAACCAAAAAUAAGAAGCAAGGAUGUAAAAAUGAAGAAGUUCUGGCUGUACUUGGUCAUGAAUUGGGUCACUGGAAACUAGGUCACACUGUCAAAAACAUUAUCAUCAGCCAGAUGAAUUCCUUCCUCUGCUUCUUCUUGUUUGCUGUGUUAAUUGGUCGAAAAGAACUCUUUGCUGCGUUUGGUUUCUAUGACACCCAGCCUACCCUGAUAGGCUUGAUGAUUAUUUUCCAGUUCAUUUUUUCACCUUACAAUGAGGUUCUCUCGUUCUGUUUGACUGUACUAAGCCGUCGAUUUGAGUUUCAAGCAGAUGCAUUUGCCAAGGAACUCGGGAAGGCUAAAGACCUCUAUUCUGCUUUGAUCAAGCUGAACAAAGAUAAUUUAGGAUUCCCUGUUUCUGACUGGAUCUUUUCAAUGUGGCAUUACUCCCAUCCACCCCUUUUAGAAAGACUUCAGGCCUUGAAAGUUGCAAAGCAAGAGUGACAGGAAUCUUUGCUGGUUCAGAGACAGUGCUUCCAUCUCAGAAGCAGAGUUCAGAGCUGCAUUUUAAUUUCUUUUUUUUUUAAAUGGAUGAUGCCAGUUAAGUGCAAUGUUAACAGCACCAUAAUCCAAGAAUCCUGAAACAGGUAUUAAAUUAUAAAUGACUUUUUUUAACAAAAAAACAAAACUGUGGAAAUGUAGAAAAAGUACUGGGUGAAGACCUUCCCCCCCGACAUACACACAGAUUUUUCUCUCUAUAUCAUUGUAUAGACUUGUAAAGGGAGGAAAACAAAAGUAUAGACUUCAAAGCACCUGUAGGUUUCAGUUUGUGUAUGCCUUGAAUGUUGCUUUUGAUCUUUUUUCCCAUUCCCAGCAUUCUGUGAACGUCCCCAGGCUGAACCCUCUUCACAAUGAAGGGGGUUUGAGCGACUUGAUUUCUUGUAUAGCACUGCUUGUGCUUGCCAGUCACUGGUGGUUUAAAAAGUUGAAUGCAAGUACAGGCCUUUCUCCUGGGUUCAUGUCUGUCGUAAUUCAAAAUGCUCCUUAAUAAAACCUCCUUUCUCUGAA